UCAUUCCGCCAUUAUCAAAAGUCGAAAUUGCACAUAGGUAUUCGCAUCACACUCAAACUCACGUCUGCCUUAAAUGUUCCGUAGUUUUUCGGGAAAUUAUCGUAGCUUUCCUGAAUAAAAUCGUCUAGAGUGGGACGCUGUAGUGCUGCAAACUGUUAGUUGCAGUUAUUAUCGAAAGUCGUGUGCAAAAUAGUGAUUUAGAGUAACAGAAAAAAAAGAAGGCUGAAAUGUCCCUGACGGAAGGAGAAGUCAAACUAUCGCACCGUACGAGGAAACGCGUUCGGGAUGUCAAGCGAAAGGCUAGACCUGAACUAGCAGAUAAGGCCGCUUGGGUACAGCUCGAUUACCAUAGAAAAUUUGAUAAGUUUAAAGAAUUUGACGACAAUGUAGAAAGGAUACACGUGAAAGAUGUGAGUUCGCAGGAGUUUAUCGAACGUUACGAGAGCAUCUAUAAGCCGGUGGUCAUCGAAGGCGUUCAGGAGGGAUGGAAAGCUCAAUACAAGUGGACCUUGGAACGACUGGCUAAAAAGUAUCGGAACCAGAAAUUUAAAUGCGGCGAGGAUAAUGAUGGUUACAGCGUAAAAAUGAAGAUGAAAUACUACAUCGAGUAUAUGCGAAGUUCGACAGAUGAUAGCCCGUUGUACAUUUUCGAUAGUAGCUUCGGCGAGCAUCAUCGCCGGAGAAAGCUUCUGGAAGAUUACGAUAUUCCCGUCUACUUUCGGGAUGAUCUGUUCAAGUAUGCUGGCGAAGAACGACGCCCACCGUACCGGUGGUUUGUGAUGGGUCCGGCACGGUCCGGAACGGGCAUCCAUAUCGAUCCGUUGGGAACGAGUGCGUGGAAUGCGCUUGUCCAGGGGCACAAACGGUGGUGUCUGUUUCCUACGAACACCCCGAAGGAGCUGCUAAAAGUUACCGGUGCGAUCGGAGGGAAACAGCGCGAUGAGGCGAUCACGUGGUUUAAUCUGAUUUAUCCGAAGACGAAACAGUUGGACUGGCCGGCGGAUUGUAAACCGAUUGAGAUUCUACAGAAACCGGGCGAAACGGUAUUUGUUCCGGGCGGCUGGUGGCAUGUGGUCCUGAACAUGGACGAUACUAUUGCUGUGACUCAAAAUUUUUGUAGUAAAACUAACUUUCCCGUGGUUUGGCACAAAACUGUGCGUGGUCGGCCAAAAUUAUCCAAAAAGUGGUUAAAGGUGCUACAGGAAGUGGAACCGGAACUGGCCAAACUGGCGACGAAGAUUGACCUCGGUCAGAGUACCGGUGUGGCGUCCGAUAGCUCGAGCAACUCCAGCUCCUCGUCUUCCAGCUCGAGCAGUGACGAAAGUGAUAGCGAUUCUAACACAGACAGCGGCCAGGAGUCGCUGUCGGCGCAUAAGACUAAGAAACGCCGGAAAACGGGUGGCGGAAUGAUGGCUUGAUUAUUGUUGUAGAGCAACGGAGAUUGAUUUGUUUUUUAAAAGUGGAAAUUGGAUUCUUUCCGAGCGAAGAAUCAAAACUCUGACGGCUAUUUUCUAGGUUUUCUGUAUUUUUUAUUGAACAGUGAAUUUGAACAUUUGACGGACAAGGACGAACAUUUUAACUAUAAACAGUUAACACUGUGCAACACAAAAGAAGCCAAGUAUUACAAGUAAACUGAGAAUCACUAAUUUAUAUUAAUUUAUGCGAAUUAGAAAUGAAUUGAGGUGGUACUAGUUUUCGCUAGUUGGAAGACGAAAUAACAGGUUUAGCCAAAUUAGAGAAUUGAUAGAUUGUAUUUGUAACGCGUAGUAGGAUAGGAAAACAAACAAUAACCUCUCAAGAUACACAGAUAUCAUCCGCGGCAGUCCCAUCAGCCGGAAUGGGAAAAAAAUGAAACAUUGCAUCAAAAGUAGAACAUUUAUCACUACUCACUGGACUGAGCAGCGCAGGAUUUAUCAGCAGAGCAAAAGUUUAAUAUGACGGUACUGUGCCUUGAGUAUAGCAAAACAAAUUAAUCCAAUCUUAUAUACUAGGACUCUUAGAUAACAAACAUCUGCAAUUCGGUAGAGAUAACAGUUGUGCUACAUUAGGAACAAAUCGAUCGCGGUAACAGUGCGAUUCACAGUAAGUGAAAUAAAACAUUUCAAAAUAUAA